AUGAAGAAGGACAAAUCCGAAAUCAUUAUCAAAGAACCUCGCUCCAAUGAUAUCUUACUUGGAAGAGGAGGCUCCUCGAUCCACAAUCCAAGCAAUGUGAGAUAUCGCGGCAUGGUCAGAGAGCACAAAAAGGAGUAUCAAACAUUCACACGGCUUCAGAAGACACAGCUUGCGGAACAACUGGUUCGCACAUGGCAAGAUCAAACUCCUCCUGGACGAUUCUUGGAGAAGGACGACAAGACGGGCUUCUGGCAUGUCAUUCCCGAAAAAUUGGCUCGACGCAAGACGUCGCAGCUUCUCCGUGAAGGAGCUCCCAAGAUUCGACGUCAAUUGAAGACCGAGUCGGUGCAAAAGAAGCAACAGAAGGAAGAGGAAGAAGCCAAACGAAGGGUUCAAUCUCCACCUCCGCAGAUGGUGCAACAGCCAGUCACCGCCUCGCCUGUCCCCGCCACGCCGGUUCCGUCUCAGCGACCAUACUUUCCACCAGGCCACUCCUACAGCGUUCUGAGAUCAUCGCCUGUGCCCUCGCACCACCACCAUCAUCACUACGAAUACAACAUGUCCUAUCCCAUGACGCCUCCUCCUUCUCAUUAUCCCACGCCGCACUGGCCGCAUUAUCCCACGUACCAAUCACCUAGUCCAGUGACAGUGCCUCCUAUUACACCAGCAGCCCCUACCAAGCCUGGACCGACCUCCUCUCCGGCUCUGGUUCCUUUGGCUUCCAAACAGGACACUGUCCAGAAAACACACGUUACUCCUUUUACUCCCAGACCAAUCAACAGCAGUACUACCAGGACUCAAUCUGCCGCAACACCCCUCCAACCUAUUACACUGGCCGACGUCAACCAAAAACCCAAGAAUUACAAGCUGCGCAAACCACCCGCCGUCAGUCGCAGCAACAGCUGCAGCAGUACGGGAAGCAACUGUAGCGGCAGCAAAAGUAAGUCCAAGAGGGGCUUUGCUACAAUCCCCAAUCGACACGCAGGAGAGCCCUGGAAGCCGGUCGUCAAACCGCCGUCGCCCGAGUCGGUGCUCGACUUUUUCGACCACGCGGAUGACGUCCUCUUGAGUGAUUUGCCGUCUCCGUCGCUGAGUGACUUGCCGUCCCCUUCCUUUACGUGCAGUGACAUUGAUGACGACGAUGAUGAUAAUGCGCGUCUACUGGUGCCAACUUCUACCAAGUUCUGGGAACGAACCCCCCUCGAACCGUUGCACGAAGACCAAGAAUUCUGCCCUCCCGUGCCCAUUCGAGACUGUAUGACGGUCCGAGAAGACUCCAUCUCUUCGGUGCUAUCCUUUCCACAACCCUUCUUGGCCGACUGCAAUAGCAACAAUCCAACCUUUUCCUUUGGCAGCAGCAGUUGUUUGGAGGGACCCAACCGAUCCUUUGACAGUACCAUGGAUAGAGUCGUCCAAGCGGAUUCCGAUCUCGACCGCAAUGCUGCCAUUGAUAUCCUCAAUGAACUCGACCGGGAAAUGGAAGCCGAAUUCUUGCUCCCCUGUCAUUCUUUCUAA